UUCGUAAUUCGUGUUGAUGUUCGGUUGUGCCUUGUGCAAAUUUUCAAGCCCACGAAAUGGAUUCGGCCUGCAAAUUUUUCGAAAUGAAUGGUGAAUUUAUUUCUUAAUUUUGAUUUAUUUGUGUCCAGUUUUUGCGAUCUGUUGUGAUACAGAUUUGAAGAGGCAUUCUAUUUAUUAUUACUGAAACUAGAAUGGAAAGUGAAAAUCAGCUGCCAGAAAAUUCUGAAAAUGUUUUAGAGUGCAUGGAAAAAGAGGGCGUGAUACAAAUUCAAGACUAUUUAAAGAAACUGUAUAGUCUGUGGAAUGAAUUUGGCAUUGAUAGUAAACGAAAGGUGCGAAGGGCUGAAAAGGUAUGGAGUCAUGUUCAAAACUUGCUUCGAGAUAUAUAUAGAGAGGAAAGUGAUUUGUACAAGGAGCUGCAAGAUCGAGUAAAUGAUUAUACACAAAAGAUUGAUAAACUUUCAAAAUCUCUCUCAGUAGUUCCAAAGGAAAUUACUGGGCCACUUGCAAAAAGAGAAGAGUUACUUCGUGUAGAAUUGGAAAAGUUAAAUGAAGUAUUGCAAAUACGGUUGAAAUCUUAUCAGCAUUUGAAGAGCAUUGAACUGAAAUACUGUAAAAUUCUGGGCACUGAAGAAUAUCAACUAUCAUCUGAAUUAGAAGUUCCUUCGCAAGAUGAUUUAAAAAAUCUUGAGCAGCGCAUCAAGGCAUUGAAGGAAGAAAGGGACAGACGACACAAAAAAUUCUGUUUAGUAAAGAAGGAUUUGACUAUUAUAUUAGAGACAACUGAAUUAGAGCCUGAAACUUCCUUAGAAAAAGAUAUCUUGUCUGGUAAGGAUACUCUGUCUCUCUCUGAUGAAACCAUGAAAAGUUUGGAGGAAAUACUUUCCAAGGUUCAACGAAGGAAGGCAGAUUUGGAAGCUCGUAAAAAGGAACUGAUGGAUCAUUUAUCAUAUUUAUGGGAACGAUUGAAAGUGGAAGAAAAUGUUAGAAAGGAGUUCACCUCUAGACAUGAGAACUGUUGUAGAUCUACACUGAGAUCUAUUGAACAAGAGAUUGAAAAAUAUAAAUUGCUGAGGAAAGAGAAUAUUCAUUCUGAAAUAGAAUCUCUUCGAAAAGAAAUAGAGCAACUUUGGUCCAAGUGCUGCAUGUCAGAUCGUGAACGAGAAGCAUUUGCUUCUUUUUCUUCUUUGGAAAUGACUGAGAAAAUUUUAGAAGCACAUGAGACUGAGUUAAAGAAGUUGCAAAACUAUUAUAAGGAUAUCGCACACAUUCUAGAAAAAAUCGAUGAACGGCAACAGCUUUGGAAUAAAUUAAUUGAAUUUGAGAAUAAAGCAAAUGAUCCAAAUCGGUUCAAGAACCGUGGAUGUAACCUUUUGCGAGAAGAGAGGGAAAGAAAAAUGUUGCGCAAGAAUCUUCCGAAGUUAGAAAAUGAAAUUUUUCGUGAAAUUGAAAUAUAUGAAACCAGAAAUAAAACUGUUUUCUUGUAUUAUGGGGAAGAUUAUAGAAUCCUCAUCACCAACCAGUGGGCUGAUCGAGAAGACCAGAAAGAGAAUGAACGGAAUAGGAGACAUGAAAAACGAUUAGCUGGAACUGAAAGUGAAACAUUUUUAGGUACACCUUUCAAGAGAUCAUUUAUGAAUACUCCCAUGUCUGCUCCUAGCAAAUUGUUCAAAUCUAAUGCAGGAUCUAUCUAUUCCACUCCUAUGACAGUUUCUAAGUUAAAAUACGGAACUCCUAAAAUGAUGCUGCCUUUGAACAAAGAAUUGUUUCCUGCUUAUAAAUCUGAAAAGAAAGCCUUAAAAUCAGUACUCAAGCAGAAACAACGAUUGGUUAAAUCAAAGAAUGUGCCACCUUCUUGUAACCCUACAUAUGUUGAUUUUGCUGGAGAGUUAAGAACACCUGGCAAAGUUGAUUAUCAGAGCUCUAUGUUUAUGUCAAGGAGACCUGAAGGCAAUAAAGGAUCUGAGAAAAAAAAUGUUGCUAAGCCAAUUUUCAAAUCAGUCACCAAUAGUCCUCUAACACCAACUAGAGGAAAAGUAGGGUUACCAUUCAUAAUAUAAGUAAUUUCAUCUGAAUGCAUCUUGUUUUUAAGGAUCAUUUUGUCUUGUUAUUUCGUAAUGACUCAUUAUCAUAACUAAAUCACUUAAAUGAACCAUUAUUGAAGAUUUUCUUUUUAAAUUGCAAAUAUUAAUUUAUAUUUUAAAAAAAGUGAGAUAAUUGUUUAUCCAUAACUUCUGUCAAGAUUUUGUUAACUAAACCAACUGAACAAUUAUUCUAGAAAGUAUUUUGCCUCUUUUUAGUAGAACUUUUUGAUCAUUUGACUUCCAUUGAAUGUGAUAUUGCUAAUUAUUUUUUUUUAAACCAAAAAUGCUCUUAAAACACAAUCACUGCAUUGUUGUGAAUCUAUUCACAUGUUCCUAUUUGAAAGCUUUAAUAAUUGACAUUACUAAACCAUAUUUCCAAACUUCAUUAUGUAAAUUAUAUAUUUUGUUUGUUUCAAUUUCAAUCAGCAUUUGAAAUGGAUACAUAUCAGAAUAUUCCUUACAUCUCAUUCCAUUCCUAAUUUUGCAUUUAUUUUAAAUAUUGUAUCAUAUAAGAAAUACAGAGCUUUAGAGAGAAGAAAAAAUUAUCUCGGUUAAAGGAGAAUUUUAAAAUUGUGGAGCAAAAUUUAAACUGGCCAUAUCAAGAGUUUGAUGUGAGGUUUUGUUAAUGCUUCUUAAGUAAUCUAGAAUAGACUGUGAUAAAUGUUUUAUGUUGUGAUGAUAUAUAUAUUUUAAAUGUACAUUUUUUUAGCACAUUAAACCAUAAAUGUAAUUCCAUAUUUUUAAGAAAGCAGGAAAGCUGUGUUUUGUAAAACAUGUAUCCUUUUUUCUACUUUUAAAUGCGUUGAACCAAAUGAAAUGGGCAUUGUUCCUUCUUGAAGACAAGCUUUCUUAUUUUGUUAUAUGUGAAGUUGGUGAGGGUUGUUUUAAAUUGUUAGAAUUAAAGCUUAUUUUUUAUACUGAAUAAAGAAAAACUUUUAUAC